AUGGAAUCCGAAGGGCAAAGAUCACCAAAUCCCUCGGCAAUUCUGGCUUCCUUGUUGUGCAAAAGAGCAAAGCUCCAUGAAGAACUUCGAAACAUCGAAAAGCAGGUCUAUGAUAUGGAGACGAGUUAUUUACAGGAUCCAAGCCAAUGUGGCAAUGUCUUGAAAGGUUUUGAAGGGUUUUUGUCAUCCUCCAAGAGCACUACACUCUUGAAGCGAUCCAGGAAGUUCCAGCCUGAAGAUAGGCUCUUCUCAUUGUCUUCAGUGACCUCACCAGCUACUGAAGAAGUUGCACGAGAUGGAGGCAUAUCUGCAAAUGGACCAGGAAAACCAAGAAAGGGUAGAGGUCCAAGAGAUGCAAAGAGAAGGCAGUCAAGUGAAGCCGACUUUGACUAUGAAGAUGAUCCCGAUAUGAUGCACAAAUCGGCAAAUUCCGAUUCUCGCGGCGGAACUUUCAGCUUGCCAAAUUACAGCAUGAAUCUAUUGGAAAAGAUAAAAAUGCCGAAGAAAAAGGCAAAUAAUCCGCCGCCACAAGUCCCAGUUUAUUGGAUUGAGAAUUCAGAUUCAGUGUCUCGACAUUUUCAGUUCGAACCUGAUGGUCAACUCUUGGUGAAGAUAGUUGAUGAUUCUAGACCUGUUACCCAUAGAAUAGUUGAAUCUUUUCUGAAUAAGUUCUUUCCUUCAGGAUACCCAUACAGUGUGAACGAGGGAUAUCUUCGAUACACACAAUUCCGCGCCUUGCAGCACUUCACAAGUGCAGCAUUAUCUGUAUUAUCAACUCAGUCUCUGCUAUUUGCUGCAGGCUUACGGCCUACUCCUGCACAGGCUACUGCUGUUAGUUGGAUAUUAAAGGAUGGCAUGCAGCAUGUCGGGAAGCUCAUAUGUAGCAAUUUGGGUGCAAGGAUGGACUCAGAACCAAAACGCUGGAGGAUUUUGGCGGAUGUUCUCUAUGACUUGGGUACUGGUUUGGAAGUGCUUUCUCCUUUAUGUCCACAUUUAUUUCUUGAAGUGGCUGGUCUUGGGAACUUCGCCAAGGGAAUGGCAGUCGUUGCAGCAAGGGCGACAAGAUUGCCUAUAUAUUCUUCAUUUGCCAAAGAAGGAAAUCUCAGUGACCUUUUUGCAAAAGGCGAAGCCAUCUCGACACUCUUUAAUGUUGUUGGAAUGGGUACAGGAAUUCAAUUAGCUUCUACUAUUUGCUCAAAUAUGAAGGGAAAGUUGGUGGUUGGACCUCUUCUUUCUCUACUACAUAUUUACAGUGUCUGUGAAGAGAUGCGAGCUGCUCCUGUCAAUACUCUAAAUCCACAGAGAACUGCAAUGAUCGUGGCAGAUUUUGUGAAGACAGGUAAAAUUUCUAGUCCUGCUGAUCUAAGGUAUGGAGAAGAUCUCUUAUUUCCCGGCCGACUUAUUGAGGAAGCGGGAAAUGUUAUGGUUGGAAGGCCUUUACACAAGGCUGUCAAGCCUUCAGAGCUACACCAGAUUAAAAGAACAUUUCCCGAGGAAAAAUUUAUUUUACAUCUCGGAAGUAGAUGGACAGAUAUGAUAUUGGAGCACAACGCGACUGGCGAAGAUGCAUUGAGGGGGUGGCUGGUUGCUGCAUAUGCUGCAGAUAUAGAAAAGUCUUUUAAUCUUUCUACUGAGAUUGCAUUGCAAGAUGCGUAUGAGAGGAUGAAUAGCGUAUUUUCUCCCUUUCUCUCAAAGCUGCAGUCUAAAGGGUGGCAUACUGAUCGGUUUCUUGAUGGAACAGGAUGUCGUUUUUCUUAUUAG